CAUUAUAGCACGUUCGAGCAAUCAAAAGAGAGGCGAUAAUCUGAUGCAGAUAACGCCGGCUCCACCGUACGUAACAAAUUAAGCAGUACGUAGCAAUCUGCGAAUUACAAGUGUAAAUAAUGCUGCCGCCCAUCCACCACCGUGGGCCGGGCUUUGCUGCGAAAAAAAGAAACUCGUUAAAAAUAGCGGCUUAAAAAAGAAAAGCGCUGAAACGGGAAGCUCGGGUGGUAUCGGUUUUUCGCGCGGGCGGUUCGCUGGGCGGGGCCGAACGGCAGUAGCGCGCCGGCGGUCGGCCUGAGUGCACGCGCGUACGUCCAGUGAAAUAUCGGCAUGUCGAUGUCGUCGUGAAUCGUAAAGAUGGACUUUCAAAGUGCUAUGGAGACUUUUGCUGAGGCAUGGGCUGCGGCCAACACGGUGAAGACGGAGGCGGCCAAUGAAUUGGCGCAGAAUCUGACAUCAGAGCUCCGGCGCAGCAAGACGCCGCCGCGACGCUCUCCUGAAGAACGCGCGCGCCCGCCGUCGGCGCCAGCUCACCACGAGCGCCAUGCGACCCUCUCGCCCAAGAAAGAGGCCUUCAACAACCUGCUCAACAAGGGCGUCUCCGGUAAAACGCUGCCAGUCCAUUGCGUGGUGGAGGCGGUCUCGUCGCUGGAGGAGGGCGCGUGGCGGCGGCGGUCAGUGGUGGAGACCGACAGCUACGUCAUCAUCCCCGCCGCCACGGCGUUCCACGAGCUAGUGCCAGCGGCCAUGAUGAGGCUGGGGUACCCGCAUGAGCUCGCCGCCUCGGCUAAAGGUUCAGUGGUAAUCAACAAUUGGAAGCCAUUACCAUUCGAGCGCAUCUCCGACGGACCCCUGGCCACGGUGGGCGAGGUCCUGGGGGAGCUGACCACGGUGGCGACGCUCCGCAUACAGCUGCUGCGGGCGCGCCAGACCCCGCUGCAGGACAUCAAGGACAAGCUGCUUAGACUGCUGCUGGUGCAGAGCAGGCCGCUCUUGAUGUCCUCUGGAUGCCCUUUAGAUGAGGUGACUUUAGCUCAAAUAUGUCGGGGCCAGGACAAGCCGGCCGGGCCUCACAACUUCCAUGAGCCAUCGGAAGAGAUGCGUAGAAAGUUUGAAUCCUGGUGGAGUGCCCAGGUGUCUCCACGACCGCCACCAUUCAGCCCUCGGCGAUAUCCUUCUCCGGGGCCUAAAAAUCGCUCGCCCACACUUGCGAUGCCUGAUCACCUACAUCCAGCACUACAAACCGUUCAAAGCCAAUAUCCAACACAGAAAACUCGAAUGCGAACAAGUUUCGACCCAGAAUUAGAGUUGCCCAAGCUGCAACGCUGGUUUUCGGAGAACCAACACCCUACAAGACAGCAAAUACAACAGUAUGUCCGGGAACUUAAUAACUUGGAGUCGAGACGUGGCAGAAAACCUCUUGAUGUUAACAACGUCGUGUACUGGUUCAAGAACGCGAGAGCAGCACAAAAACGUGCUGAAUUACGUAACAUCGGUGGCAUUGGUUGCCAUCUCAACGGCUUUAGUAGUAGAAGCCACAGUCCGAGUAACGGUUCUUUGAUGGCUGGUGGUGAUGGGUACCCACAUGAUCAUAACUCUAUGAAGAGUCCAUUGCAACUAUCAGGGAGUCCUGGCCGAUACCCCAUGUCAGUCAUGUCUGAGGACAACUUAUCCAAUGCUGGAUCUGAUUUGGACGAUGAAGGUGGUGACGUGAAUCCAGAUGACCGACCAGAAAGCCCAGAAGCACCACUUUCCUUGAUUACUACAAAAAAGAAUAAUGGAACCGAAGAGCGUGAUAAAGAAUCACCAAAACCUCCGGAUAUAAUUAAGGUGCACGAUAUUAAACAAGAACCAAGAGACCUAAGUAAACCUGACCAAGAACAUUCACCGCACCGUUCACCGGCGAAGAACAGCGAUAGUUCACAUAAUAACAACAACAAUGAUGAAGAAAACGGAGUGGUUGACGACCACGACAACGCCUCCGAUGACGACGUCGUCCAGGAGCGUCAUUACCGGCCUUCCUCCCCUCACCUUGACCGCUUACCAUUUCCCAUGGUGCCGAACCAUCCUAUGUUUGGACAUGGAAUCAUGUACAUGAGUCAAUACAUGACGGGGUUUCCAGGUGUUGGUGGGGUGCCCGGUGAAGGCGCUAGCGGUCUGAAUCUCGCCCUUGCCGGCGCUUCAGAUGAGCGGCGAAAACGCAACCGCACAUUCAUAGACCCAGUCUCCGAGGUACCAGUCCUUGAGCAGUGGUUCUCAAUGAACACCCAUCCUUCGCACAAUCUCAUAUUGAAGUACACGGAAGAGUUGAACAGAAUGCCUUACAGGCAGAAGUUUCCGAGGCUGGAAUCGAAGAACGUGCAAUUUUGGUUUAAGAAUCGCCGGGCAAAGUGCAAGAGAUUGAAGAUGUCUCUAUACGAGCCUUCUUCACCUUCGCACUAUACUCAUCCAGGGCAUCCACACGCCCUUGCUGAACGUAAAAUGGUCUGAACAUUGCGCAUACUUAAAGCAGCAAAAUUCCUUAGUGUUGUGAUUUCAGCUAACAAGUUAUAAUUACGCGGAGUGAAGUGAUUCCAUUAAAGAUUUAAUGACAGUGUAUAAUGAAUCAGAAAGACUGAGUUCAAUUGAAUUGUCUAUGGUGUCGAGUGCCAUGUUAGUAUUAAAUGGUAGUUACAUCAGG